GGGCUAAUCCGGUAGAAAGCCCACCACUCGCUCGCCAGUUCGUCGUCCUCUUCGCCGAGCUCGCGAGCUCUCGCACUCUGUCUCCAUCCCCGCAUCGCAUCGCCUCGCCGCUGCUGAUCUCGUCGCGGUCGCCGGAGGGGAGCUACGAGGAUUGCCUAACCCAGAAGUUGGUGCUUCGAGAUAGCCAUGGCCACCGGAGUGGCACCAGCGCCGCUCCCACAUGUCAGGGUCCGUGAUGGUGGCAUCGGCUUCACGAGGAGCGUCGACUUUGCUAAGAUCUUGUCGGUUCCUGCUACUCUAAGGGUGGGCUCAUCAAGAGGCAGGGUGCUUGUGGCCAAGAGCUCAAGUACCGGUUCUGAUACCAUGGAGCUCGAGCCAUCUUCAGAAGGAAGCCCACUUUUAGUUCCCAGGCAAAAGUAUUGUGAAUCUAUAUAUGAGACAAGGAGGAGAAAAACCCGCACUGUGAUGGUUGGGAAUGUGCCACUUGGCAGUGAUCAUCCCAUUAGGAUUCAGACUAUGACCACCUCGGAUACCAAGGAUGUUGCUAAAACCGUAGAGGAGGUUAUGAGGAUAGCAGAUAAAGGGGCUGAUUUUGUUAGAAUAACAGUCCAGGGUAGAAAGGAAGCUGAUGCCUGCUUUGAGAUUAAGAACACUCUUGUUCAGAAGAAUUACAACAUCCCCCUAGUGGCUGAUAUUCAUUUUGCCCCGACAGUUGCUUUAAGAGUGGCUGAAUGCUUUGACAAAAUUCGUGUCAACCCAGGGAAUUUUGCUGAUCGCCGUGCCCAAUUUGAGCAGCUUGAAUAUACUGAAGAUGAUUAUCAAAAAGAGCUUGAGCAUAUCGAGAAGGUCUUCUCCCCGUUGGUUGAGAAAUGCAAGCAGUAUGGAAGAGCAAUGCGUAUAGGAACAAAUCAUGGAAGUCUGUCUGACCGCAUAAUGAGUUACUAUGGUGAUUCUCCACGCGGAAUGGUUGAGUCUGCUUUGGAAUUUGCCAGGAUCUGUCGGAAGCUGGACUUCCAUAACUUUGUGUUUUCAAUGAAAGCAAGUAACCCUGUUAUCAUGGUCCAAGCAUAUCGCUUGCUUGUAGCAGAAAUGUAUAACCUAGGGUGGGAUUAUCCUUUGCACUUGGGAGUUACAGAAGCUGGAGAGGGUGAAGAUGGGAGGAUGAAGUCUGCCAUUGGCAUUGGAACACUUCUGAUGGAUGGCUUGGGCGAUACAAUCCGUGUCUCCCUCACGGAACCACCUGAAGAAGAGAUUGAUCCUUGCCGGAGAUUGGCAAAUCUUGGCACACAUGCCGCAGACCUUCAAAUAGGAGUGGCUCCUUUUGAAGAAAAGCACAGGCGCUAUUUUGAUUUCCAGCGUAGAAGUGGUCAGUUGCCUUUACAAAAGGAGGGUGAGGAAGUAGACUACAGAGGGGUCUUGCACCGUGAUGGCUCUGUUUUGAUGUCAGUUUCCUUGGAUCAGUUGAAGGCUCCUGAGCUCCUUUAUAGGUCUCUUGCUGCAAAGCUUGUGGUUGGCAUGCCUUUCAAGGAUCUGGCAACUGUAGAUUCUAUUCUUUUGAGGGAGCUCCCACCUGUAGAAGAUGCUCAAGCUAGGCUUGCACUCAAAAGAUUAGUUGACAUCAGCAUGGGUGUGUUGACUCCCUUAUCAGAGCAACUGACAAAGCCACUCCCACAUGCAAUUGCUCUUGUCAAUGUGGAUGAACUGUCAAGCGGUGCACACAAACUUUUGCCAGAAGGCACUAGAUUGGCUGUCACCCUUCGUGGAGAUGAAUCAUAUGAACAGCUAGAUCUUCUUAAGGGUGUUGAUGAUAUAACAAUGUUACUGCACAGUGUUCCUUAUGGUGAAGAGAAGACUGGCAGAGUACACGCUGCUAGGAGGUUAUUUGAGUACUUAGAAACCAACGGUUUGAACUUCCCUGUAAUCCAUCACAUAGAAUUCCCCAAAAGCGUGAACAGAGAUGACCUUGUUAUUGGUGCUGGGGCAAAUGUUGGUGCUCUUCUAGUUGAUGGUCUUGGUGAUGGUGUACUUCUUGAAGCUGCUGACCAGGAAUUUGAGUUUUUGAGGGACACAUCCUUCAACUUGUUACAGGGCUGCAGGAUGCGCAACACAAAAACGGAAUAUGUCUCUUGUCCUUCUUGUGGGCGGACACUCUUUGACCUCCAAGAAGUCAGUGCUCAGAUUAGAGAGAAGACCUCUCAUCUGCCAGGCGUCUCUAUUGCUAUCAUGGGUUGCAUUGUCAAUGGGCCAGGGGAGAUGGCCGAUGCUGAUUUCGGAUACGUUGGAGGUGCUCCUGGGAAGAUCGACCUUUAUGUUGGCAAGACCGUCGUGCAACGGGGCAUUGCAAUGGAGGGGGCCACUGACGCCUUGAUUCAGUUAAUCAAGGACCAUGGCCGUUGGGUGGAUCCUCCUGUUGAGGAGUAGGCCGUAGCAUGUAGUUCAUAUAUGUACUCCUCCAUAAACAAUGUUGUAGCUGAGGCACAUUGUAUUGUAUCCACGGAGUACAUAAAUACACGUUCUGUACAUCAGUUUAGAAAUAAAGUAGGAAUAGGGGUGGCUGCAACUUUGUAACACCCUCGUGAAGCAUCGGCAAAUCCAAAUUAGAAGCGUCCUGAAAUCAGUGAAAAAGAAUUGAUACUGCUAUUUUUUGUACCAAUUGAAAAAAAAAAGGAAUACAUGAUAUGACUAAAUCAUGGGUUACAUCUUCGUCAAAAAA